GGAGAGACGACUCUGCCUGGCAGCUUGCUAAGCGUUCCAACAUCUUGGAGUGUUGAGUGGAAAGUUGGAUCUGGCUGAUCACUUCCUGUGAGCAGCCUGGGAGCUCACUCAGACAGCUUCCUUGAGAAGGUCUCCUGGGUGAUCCUCAAUAGAACCUACUAGAGGCUACAGAAAAAAACCUAGGCAGAAUAAAAAACGGUGAAAUAGGUUGUUCUAAGGAAGUAAGAUGGAUCCCUGUUCAGUUGGAGUUCAGCUUCGUGCUACCAAUGAAUGUCAUAAGACAUACUAUACGCGACAUACUGGCUUCAAGACCUUGCAAGAAUUGUCAUCAAAUGAUGCGCUUUUACUUCAGCUUAGAACCGGAAUGACCCUCUCUGGAAACAAUACAAUUUGCUUCCAUCAUGCAAAAAUUUACAUUGAUCGAUUUGAGGACUUGCAAAAGUCAUGUUGUGAUCCUUUUAACAUACACAAAAAACUUGCCAAGAAAAAUUUGCAUGCGAUUGACUUAGAUGAUGCCACUUUCCUAAGUGCCAAGUUUGGAAGACAGCUUGUACCUGGUUGGAAGCUUUGUCCAAAAUGCACACAGAUAAUCAAUGGAAGUGUGGAUGUUGAAUCUGAAGAUCGUCAAAAAAGAAAAGCUGAUUCAGACGGGAGGACUGCUAAAGCCUUGAGGUCCUUACAGUUUGCAAAUCCAGGAAAGCAAACUGAAUUUACUCCAGAGACUACUACUGGUAAGAGGGAAAAGAGAAGGCAAACCAAGGCAACCAAUUCAGACAGGCAGGUGAUACCACCAAAGAGCAAAGUCUAUGACAGCCAAGGCCUACUGAUAUUCAGUGGAAUGGAUCUCUGUGACUGCCUUGAUGAAGAUUGUCUGGGUUGUUUCUACGCUUGUCCCAAUUGUGGUUCUAACAAGUGUGGAGCUGAAUGCCGCUGUGACAGAAAAUGGCUUUAUGAACAGAUUGAGAUAGAAGGAGGAGAGAUUAUUCAUAAUAAGCAUGCUGGGUAAUUUGAAUUGUUUGAAAAUGAGCUAAUCUAAUUCUAUGUAGCUCAAAAAUUCUGCUGUAGAAUAUAUUUAGAAUUUAAGCAUGAUAAACUAGUGACAGAAGGUUUGAAAAAUGUCGUUUCCAUAUGAAUGUUGUAUACUAGAUGUUUCAGAAUUCAUUGUUUUGUGUACAUUUUAGCUGGACUUUUAAAAAUCAGCUUUAGUAUGUUGUAGAUAAAUAAGCUAGCCAAGUAGAUGGGGGAAUAGUACUUGACUGUGCAAAGAAACAUACCUUUAUACAAUUAUUAAAAACCGUUCUGUAUUGGUUACUAAGAAUUAAACAGGCCAAAAAUCUUCAAAGCAGUUUUUCAGAUUAUAUUCACUUUGAAUAAAGAAACAAAAUUAAAAUUCAAUUGUUUAUAAGGCUAUCCUAAGUGUUCUUAGGCCUUUUCUAUCCAGCCUUUUGUCAAGUCAAAGAUUUUUUACUAUUUUUAAGUUUUUGGCCUGGAUUUCUGAAUUGAGCUAAUAGAUGCAACUCUGUUACCACCACCACUACCACCACCCUCUCAGUCCUUUACAUGAUUCAAACCAAAUAAGCCUUUUCACCAAAUGGAAUUUAGGUUUCCUGUCCUUUUAAGUAUUUAUUGACAUACAAGAUUUGUGUUUCUGUAAUCCUUCAAUAAGUUAUAAUAGGAUGGUCCUUAGGUAUAUACAGUGUUAAUGGCUUUGUUUUUUUUAGAAGAGGUAUAAUUCUCACAAUAAAAAUAGAAUACAAUAGUCUCGAGGUAAUACAUAGUCUUCAAAAUAAGAGUUCUUAUAUUUCAAAUGAUUUAAAAAGCAAUUUUUAAAUGUUGGUACCAAGUCCCUGGCACACAUUCCUUGGGAAAUUACCCAAAGAACAUUUACAGUUCCUCCUUUCAUCAGUUUCUCAUACAAAUUUAGCUUUGAAGAUCCUGCCUUCCAAAGAAUUCUCACUUUAAAAGAGUUCACUGAGAAAUGUAAAUCCUACUACUUUCCUGGAUGACAAUUUGCCAGACUGGUUAGUGUUCUACAUUUUUAAACAAUGAAUCUGUAAGUCCAUUUCUUGUUUAAAGUGAGUGUGCUAACAGAAUCCUUCAGGUCCUUUCUACUUCUAUGUUUUUGCUUGGCUUAAGGAAACCUGACUCUUAAAAUAAAUGAUAAAACUACAAAUUUCCGUUCUAUAUGGAUUCUGGUAGAAAAGUUGGUGUUAUUAGCAUGCUAAAAAAAAAAACAAAAAAGAUACAUUGAAAUUAGAAGUGUAAACAUCUAGAUUUGUGUUUUCACGUACAUAUUUUGAUUGUUGCUAGUUAAAUUGUACUUUUGCAUAAUUGAGUAGUAUGAUGUUAUUAAAAAAGGUUUUUUUUUUUUAACAUAGUUUUAUUUGACUUUCUAAAAGUCUAGUGCCUAGCUGUACUUUUGCAAUGAAUAUCAUACUGAUGGAAUUUUGUGUUAGAAAAUCUAGUUGUAAUAUCCAAGGCUUUGAUAAGACUUUGCCUACUAGGGCCUCACAGCCCAUAUUAAUUUUACUUUCUUGAUGUGGGCAUGUUCAUUUAUGUUAGAAAAAUCUUUAUUGAUUGUGUUGAGUCCCAAUCUGUUAAUCUACUGAGCAUAGUGUUUAUGUGAGUUAUAUAGGUAUUAUACAUAUAGCUGUAUUGUACCUUAUCAGAAAUAUGCUAUUAAAUAUAAAAAUAUCCUAAGAAAGCUAUAUACUUAAAUAUUUAUUGGGGGGGGGGUGAGUUUUUCCUACUUGAAGACUUGUCAGUUUAUUGUGGAGACAAACGUGUAGCUUUGUUUAGCAUCAUAUCUAUGAUAAUUCAGAGAAAGGAAAUGUUUCGGAGGUGAUAGCUGUUGUCCAAGAAGAUCUGAUUUAAAACUGACUUAAGUUUUGGGGUUGUGGUUUGUUUUGUUUUUUUCAUCUUAUUUGUAUGGGUACUCUAUUCAUGUGGGUACAUCCAUCCAUGUAUAGCUUCUACAAUCUGUUUUUUUGUGUGUGUGUAUCUUUGUAGUAUCUAAGCUAUAUACUAUUCACACAACAAGAAAUAAAUCUAUUAAUAGUAGUAUUUAACAUCCUACUUUUAGAUAGGUAAAACUUUUGGAAGCCAAACACAGGGCUCUUGGCUCUUUGUAGGAAAAGCAGCAAUGUUUCCAGUUUAAUAGUUACUUUGCUAAAGGCAUUUUGUUUUGUUGUAAAAUUUUGCAUGUAAUUUGUUUGGUUUUUGCUGACACCUACUGGAAUUAUAAGACAAUAAAGCAAGCUUCUCAGCCA